AUGUCUACUUCCACGAAAGCUCUACUGGAAGCAUCGGAGCCAAUCGCUCAGGGUGCUGAAGCAAAAGUCUUCAAGGGAUCCUUACACGCCUCCGGAAGCUCAGAAGGCGUACCGAUUCUUCUGAAGCAGCGGUUUGCUAAGCAAUAUCGUCAUCCGACACUCGAUGCAGGACUCACUAAAGCUCGAGUCGCUGGCGAAGCGCGCGCUUUACUCAAGUGCUUACGAUCUGGCGUGAACGUGCCUGGUAUACGAUUGGUAGAUGCGCCAGCUGGGGUUCUGGGUAUCGAAUGGAUCGACGGACGGAGCGUGCGAUUCUUGCUUGGAUCUGGUGAUGAAGGUGUGGAGGAAGAGUAUGAGGAAGGUGAUGAAGAAGUAGAAGAUGCACCUCUCGAUGAGGAGGAUCCUCUGAAAGAGUACGGCGUCGCGCAAGACGAUGUCAUGCAGAUGAUCGGUACGGAAAUUGCCAAAAUGCACCAGGCGGACAUCGUCCAUGGUGACCUCACAACUUCGAAUAUGAUGUUACGUCGACCCUCGGCCACACCUUCAGGAGCAAGCUCACUGUUCAUCAUUGACUUUGGUCUUGCAUACACCUCUACCCUUGCGGAAGAUAAAGCUGUUGAUCUCUACGUCCUUGAGCGCGCAUUCUCGUCGACACAUCCAGACUCCGCACCCCUGUUUGCUCGCGUUCUGCAGGCGUAUGAGCAACAUCUCGGCAAGGGCUGGCCUGCGGUGAAGAAGAAGCUUGAUGAAGUUCGUCUGCGUGGGCGUAAACGUAGCAUGGUCGGAUAG